AUGGAGACCUCUACAGCAGCGGAAGCCACUUCUCCAAUGGAUGAAGACAAUCAUAUUCCAUUCAAAGUUACAUUCAAAGAUCAAACUUGGUCGAUGUCUUUGCCUCCAACUGCUACCGUUGAACAGAUCAAGAAGAGCGUUGAAGAAAUGUCUGAGAUCCCGAAAGAAUUGCAGAAGCUUCUUUAUAAAGGCAUCUUAAAAGAUGACUCAACCCUCACUGAAGCCAAAAUAAUACCCAACUGCAAGAUUAUAUUGAUGGCAUCCAAACUAGAAGCCAUUACCUCGAUCGCAGCAGCCUCAUCAUCAAGUGCACCGGCCAAGAAGGAAUCUCUGGUGGCUGUCGUCACAGUUCCAUUGUCUGAUAUGACGGAACACAAGAAGCACAUUGAAAAGAAGCCAGCUGAUAUUGAAGAAGGAGUGUUGAACAAGCAGAUUCCAAUUCCAGAACGUGGUCUGACAAACCUGUAUGAUCAACGAGGAGUCAAGACUCGUCUUGGUUUUCGAAAUGAUAUUCAAGAACUGUUGGUUGCUACGAAAGAGAGGACUCAAAAGUUCCCAUACUCGUCGGUUCGGAGUGUGAAAUCAGAGCCCAUCCGUGACCAUCCGGAAUAUCACAUCCUUGUGAUACAGCUUGGACCAACUGAAAAGUCGUCGAGAUAUCUCUACUGGUGUCCUGCUCAAUACACGGAAUCAGUUAAGGACGCCAUACUGGGAAAGUUCUCCUUUUUCUGA